AUGGAUAUCGAAAUUCCAUGUUUUGGUAUGAAAUUUGACAGUGAAGAAAGUGCAUAUGCUUUUUAUAAAAUCUAUGCUCAUAAACUUGGAUUCAGUGUUAGAAAACAAUAUUUGAAGCGAGUGGAUGGACAAAUAAGAAGAAGAACUUUUUGUUGUUCAAAGCAGGGUCAAAAAAGCGUUGAUAAAAGGUGCGAACAGGUAAAAUCUGAACAUCCAAUUUCACGAGUAAAUUGUUUGGCACAAAUGACAUGUCAACUCAAAGGAGAUGGUAUGUUUGAGGUUGUUUCUUUUAAGGAGGAGCAUAGCCAUGAACUUACUCCUACACCAAUGAAACACAUGUUAAGAUCACAAAGACAAAUUACACCUGUCCACAAAGCUAUAGCUGAUGAUGCUGCAAAAGCUGGAUUAUCUAUUAAGUCCACUAUUAAUUUACUAACUUCACAAAGUGGAGGUCAUGAAUUUAAUGGAUUUUUGGAUAAUGAUUUUAGAAACUAUAUAUCUGCCAAGCGUAGAACAGAAAUGAUAAAAGGAGAUGGUCAUGCUAUUAUGAAGUAUUUUCAUAAAAUGCAGUUGCAAGAUCCCUCUUAUUUCUAUUUGGUGCAACUUGAUGAUGAUGAUAAUUCUAUAUUGAAUGUGUUCUGGGCAGAUGGUAGAUCAAUUAUUGAUUAUCAACAUUUUGGAGAUGUUGUGUGUUUUGAUACAACUUAUAAAACAAAUGCGUAUGGCAGACCGUUUGCUCCAUUUGUUGGUGUUAAUCAACAUAAGAAAAGUAUCAUUUUUGGUGCAGCUUUACUCUAUGAUGAAACAAUAUCAUCAUUUAAAUGGUUAUUUGAGACUUUUCUCAGUGCAAUGUCUGACGAAGAUGAAUGGCUUCAAGCUUGGAAUAGUAUGCUUAAUAAAUAUAUGCUUACUGAUAAUAAAUGGUGCAGUGGAAUUUUUGAAGUAAGAAAAAAAUGGGCUAUGGUAUAUGGGCGACAUAUGUUUACAGCUGAUAUGAAGAGUACGCAGCGCAGUGAGUCGAUGAAUAAUGUUCUAAAGAAAUAUUUGGAUGCAAAGAAUAAUUUUAUCCAUUUCUUUGAUAAUUAUGACAGGUUGUUAUCAGAUAAACGGUAUGAUGAGUUGCUGAUAGAAUUCAGAAUGAGAGAAAGAGUUCCGGUUUUACAAGCUAAUGUGGAGAUGUUAAGACACGCUUCAAAGGUAUACACUCCAGCGGUAUAUAAGAUGUUCCAAAGUGAAUAUAUGAAGAUUUUAGAUUGUGUUAUGCAUAAAGUUGACAAGUCUGAAUCUGUUACCAGUUAUAAAGUCCAAUGUGGUCGAAAAGAUCAAGAACACUUGGUAACUUUAGAAAUAUCAACAAAAACAGUUAAGUGCAGCUGCAUGAAAUUUACUUUUGUUGGAAUCUUAUGUGCGCAUACUUUGAAAGUUCUUGAUAAGAAAAAUAUUAAACAGCUUCCACCACAAUACAUCUUGAAUAGGUGGACAAAAGAUGCAAAAAUUGGAAUAAUCAAGGACAAUUAUAGUAUUGGAAUUGAAAAUAGUCCACAAGAGUCGAUAGGAAAAAGAUAUUCAUUUUUGAGUCAUAAUUUUCGAGAAAUAUUAACACUUGCAUCUGAAAGUGAGGAUAUGUACGAGCAUGCAUGUGAAGAUUUCAGAAAAUUGAUGAAGAGCUUACAAGAAAUGAAGUCAAGACAAAAGCGACAGUUGGACGUCCAAAUAAGAGAUUAA